UAAUGCGCACCGAUGAGUCAGGGUGUAAAAAUAGUGAGUCUCUCCCCUCAAGUCUACCUUAGUCUCUCUAUUUAUAUCGUUACCUAUUGAUCGCUAUAGUUGUAAAGCAAAACAUGAUGAGUUCCAACAUAUCUUUCUGUGCUUCAAUUCUGUUUUCUAUCUGUUUCCUCCAUUUAUGUUUGCAACAUGAUCAAGUUGAAGCUCAACCGGGCGGCUUUGCAAGCCCCCGACUUCGAAAUGCCUUCAAUGUGAUUCAAAACUUCAAGUCCAAAAUCCAGAGUGACCCUAAAAGAGUCACAGCAACAUGGGUUGGCAAUAAUGUAUGCAACUACACGGGCUUUACCUGUGCAGUUGUUCCGGACUUCAAGCAGAGAUCGGUUAUUGGAGUCGACUUCAAUGGUUUCUUGUUUGGCGGCAAAGGUUCCAGGCUCCCCCUCGGUGGCUUCAUCGACAAGUUAGACGACUUGGUCUUCUUCCAUGCAAACUCCAAUAACUUCACAGGCACAGUCCCGCCUGGCACAGCUAAACAUCGAUUCUUCUAUGAGCUCGACCUCAGCAACAACAAGCUCUCUGGAGCGUUCCCAACAGAAGUUCUUGCUGCCUCGAACUUGACUUUCUUGGAUCUCCGGUUCAACUCGUUUAACAACUCUGUUCCUUCCACGGUGUUUAACCUAGACGUUGAUGUACUCUUCCUCAACAACAAUAAUCUCUUUCAGCAGAUUCCAAGAACUCUUGGCUCGACUCCAGCCCAUUAUAUCACUUUCGCUAACAACAAAUUCUCCGGUACAAUCCCAAGAAGCAUUGGCCAAGCAUCAAACACUCUUUAUGAGGUUCUCUUCCUGAAGAACGGCCUUUCAGGGUGUUUACCAAUGGAAAUAGGGAACUUGAAGCAGUCCACCGUGUUUGAUGUGAGCUUCAACCAGUUAACGGGGCCGAUACCGCUAUCGUUUGGUUGCUUGUCCAAUGUACAGCUUCUGAACUUGGCCAACAACAAGUUCUAUGGGGCAGUGCCCGAGUCGGUUUGCCAGUUGCCUAAGCUAGCGAAAUUGACACUGGCUAAAAACUGGUUCACCCAGGUCGGACCACAAUGUAGGAAGUUGAUCAGGAAAGGGGUUCUUGAUAUCAAGUUGAACUGCAUUUUGGACCUUCCGAAUCAGAGGUCAGCGGCUGAUUGUGCUAAUUUCUUCUCCAAGCCCAGACAGUGUCCCAAUGAGAGGUCCUUGACUAUCAUUCCUUGUAGAAGAAGGUCCUCUUCAAGUACUUUAAGUGAGGAGAAGUCUGAUGGUCCUCAAGCACUGGCUCCUGCCCCGCUAUCUUAUCGUACUCUCGUACCGCAUAGGUUAUGAUUUUCAAAGCUCUUAGGGCUCGAUAAUUUGCUUCACUGGACUGUCUAGCUAAAAAAAAAAAAAAAGGGCCCUCACGCCUCUUUAUGUUACACCUUCGGUAAAUAAGAACAGUUCAAUGUUGCAGCUUCUAGUUCCUUGUCGAUGCUCACUAAUUAGAGCGCUUUUAGCUACUAGUGUUGUUUUUGACGAGCCAUGAUGGAUCGUCUACUAUUAUGCAUUUGUUUUGUGUGAUUGUGUGUAAUGUACGACCUCCAUGUAUUGAACAAUGA